AUGUCUGAAAGCAAUACCAACACACCGGUCACUCCUCCACUGCAAGCAACCUCUGCGGCAGAUCCACUCACUUCUGAGCAAUCCAAGCAAUUUCAGCUCAAUCGACUGAAAGCAAAGGCCAACCAGCGGCAACGGGAGCAGGAAGCAUUCGCGUCGUCCUCAUCUCAUAACGCUAACAAUAAGCGUCCGCUCACAACGACCUCGUCUCCUACCUCAGGGAAGGAGAAGCCACUCAAACGCGACUCGCGACUCGGAAAUUACUUCGAGUAUGAUUUGUCGAGUAUGAUCAACACGAAGGGUGGAUUCCUUGUGGAGGACGGGAAGGAGGUCGAUGAGAACCUCAUACGAAAAGAGAAGGAGCGCGAGAAGCAGCGUGCAAUGCAAAAUCUUGAGCCUCCUGUAUACCUUGAUCCGAACCUAAAUCCCAAGUGUCAGGAAUGCCAGUCAAUUGAUAUUGAUCAAACGUAUAAGAAAGUCUUUGGUUGUCUGGUCUGUAAUAAAUGCAAGAAUGAUAAACCGGAAAAGUAUGGUCUCCUAACGAAGACAGAGUGUAAGGAGGAUUAUUUGUUGACGGAUCCCGAGCUACGCGAUCAUGAGCUCAUGCCCCACCUUCUUAAAGCGAAUCCCCACAAAUCCACUUUCGCUAACAUGAUGCUCUUCCUGCGGUACCAGGUCGAGGAAUUCGCUUGGAAGAAGUGGGGUUCGCCGGAAGCACUUGACGCCGAAUACGAGAGGCGGACUGCCGAGAAAAAGAAGAAAAAGAACAAGAAGUUCGAGGACAAUCUACGGCAACUCCGAAAGCGGACGAAAGAAGGCAUUUGGCAAAAACGGAAGGACAACGAGCAUCGGCAUUCCUUCGGUCCCCUCGAAAAAGGACCCGACGGAAUCGCCAAGCAGAUAUGCCAUGAGUGUGGCUUUUCCAUAGACGUAGAGUUGAUAUGA